AUGGUGGCAGCUUGCCCUCUGUUGGUGUUUAAUGCGGACCAGGAGCAGUCGCUUGUCUCGGAGCAUUUCGAUCGUUUUAUGGAUUAUCAGUUUGAAAACGGCGAGAAGAUGCGUAUCCAUCAUAAAGGGCUUGGUUUGGAACAGGACGCUGUGCACUUCGAAAUGCAGUUCAGUGGCCAUACACCGUUGCUUCAUUUGCAGAGAUAUGCCUGGGUGGACAAUGCCACCGAGGAGCUCACUGAGGAAGAGCCGGGCCUAAUUCGUGGCGCCGGACAUGCGGUGCUGCACGUUGGAAAUGAAGCACAAAUACCGUUCUAG